GAUUGGCUGGAUCCAGGCGGAAGUCGGGAGGUUCGAUGGUCCGAAGACGCCAGCUUGUGACGGGGAGGGGGAGAAGGAAGGCUUCCAUAAAGGGUGCCUUUCGGUCCCUUCGCUCCCAGGGACCCUCGAAAAAAGCCCAUCAUACCGACCCCGCGGCUAGCUCCUCCCCCAGGCUCUCUCCGCUCGAUUUCGCACCGUUAUGUAGGAAGCGAAUCCGUCCUAGAAAAUCAUUGACCCUGAAGCAGGAAUGCCUCAGAAACACAGGAGUCAUCUGAAAACAAGAUCCGGCCAUGUAGCCCAGGCUGGCUCCCAGCUAAUCCUCCUAUGUCCAGUAUCCCUAAUGCUGAAAUUACAGUGAAAUGGCCAAACAGUGUGAACAGUGCUGGAAGAAGAAAACAGAAGUGUGGAAUAGUUAACGGACAGUUGAUUUUACAUUUUAAGUCAUCAUCUUUAUUAUCUGGUUAAGACACAUAAGAAGAUGUUCCACAAGACAGAGGAAUUCUUUCCCAAGAAGAUGGAGAGUGAUGUGGAUGACAUGGACACGUCAGACACACAGUGGGGCUGGUUCUACCUGGCAGAGUGUGGCAAGUGGCACAUGUUCCAGCCGGAUACCAACAUUCAAUGUUCAGUUAGCAGUGAAGAUAUCGAAAAAAGCUUCAAAACAAACCCUUGUGGCUCCAUUUCCUUUACUACUUCCAAAUUCAGCUACAAGAUAGACUUUGCAGAAAUGAAACAGAUGAAUCUCGUCACUGGAAAACAGCGCCUAAUAAAAAGGGCCCCUUUCUCCAUCAGUGCCUUCAGUUACAUCUGUGAAAACGAGGCCAUCCCCAUGCCAACACACUGGGAGAACGUGAAUACUGACGUUCCCUACCAGCUGGUUUCCCUGCAGAACCAAACGCACGAAUAUAAUGAAGUCGCCAGUCUUUUUGGGAAAACAAUGGAUCGCAACCGAAUUAAAAGGAUUCAAAGGAUUCAAAACUUAGACUUAUGGGAGUUCUUUUGCAGGAAAAAGGCUCAGCUCAAGAAAAAGAGAGGUGUCCCUCAGAUCAAUGAACAAAUGCUAUUUCAUGGUACCAGCAGUGAAUUUGUGGAAGCAAUUUGCAUUCACAACUUUGACUGGAGAAUCAAUGGUGUGCACGGUGCUGUCUUUGGAAAAGGAACCUAUUUUGCUAGAGAUGCCGCAUACUCCAGUCGUUUCUGCAAAGAUGACAUCAAGCACGGGAACACGUUCCAGAUUCACGGCGUCAGCUUGCAACAGCGACAUCUGUUCAGAACCUAUAAAUCCAUGUUUCUUGCCCGAGUGCUAAUUGGGGAUUACAUAAACGGAGACUCCAAAUACAUGCGGCCUCCUUCCAAAGAUGGGAGCUAUGUGAAUUUGUAUGACAGCUGUGUGGACGACACCUGGAACCCAAAGAUCUUUGUGGUUUUUGAUGCCAACCAGAUCUACCCUGAGUACUUGAUAGACUUUCACUGACCCCACUUUCCAGGCUCAGUGGUCAAAGCUUUGCUCUCUCAUUGCAGGAGGAUUUGGCCCCGUCCUCUAGCCGCUAAUAUAAAUAUUGUAUACUUUUGAAACAGAUACAGACUAGAAUGUGACCUCAGAGUAUAAAGAAGUACUGGCUGUCAGGUUGGUUAUAUGUUGUUCUGUUUCUGUAUGUUAACGGUUUUGUUGAAGACCGAUGCUGUUGCCAUUUUAGCACAAGAGAGCAAGAGACACUGCUCAAAACCGAAUAGGUUGAGUCUUAUUUCUGAGGUCAGGUGGUCUUCAAAGUUCUAGUGUGUGAUUGGGUCAAAUGAUUUUAGUUUUUGUUUCCUAUUAGGAGACCUGGCGCUUUAUAAGUUGAAUUUUGACAUCACUGCCUAGCAACGAGCUUGUCCCUGUUGGUCAUCUGAAGGGGGCGUUUAAAAUCCUGAUAAACAGUCCCUGGUGCUCAGAGAAGUAAGAAACAAGGACACUGUCUGCCAAACUAGCCAACAAGCUAGCAGAAGAGAGACCAGGACAGAGCCUGCUUCCCCCUGCUAUAGGAAGGCAGGCUGCAGCCCCCGAGCACUCACCAUUCUCACCCGCUCCGCACAGCUGAGCUGACCAUUGCUGCUGACGUCACUAGCUCACAGUUCAGCCUCCAGCACUCUGUGGUCCCUGCCCCAAGAUGUUUAUUUUCUCUUUGUUUUGCAGGCCCUGCAGUGAUCACUUCUAAGACGCUUUAUCUGCCCCCUACCCCCCAAAACACACACACAGCUGUUUCAGGUGAUUGCUAAAAUCCAUAUCUCUUAGUCAUUGGUGUCUUUCUGUUUUGAAUGACUGUGAGAACAUGGGAUCCUGGGAUGGAGUCUGACUCCUCUUUUAGAGUAGUUAUUGACAACCCCCGACUCCUGAGCAGCUGUGUACAACUUAGAUUGUGCUUGUGGCCUGCACACUGGUCUGCUUGCCUGCUGCUCUGUCCUGAAGAUGACGUGAUCUGUACCAGCUUCCUGCCUGUAGGUGUUCUGGCAGAGGCAAGAUAGCACUCAGACAUGGCACUGUCUUGGUGUUCCGGUGUCAGACAAGGAGCCACCUGUAUGACUGUCUCCCCAGCGCUGCUCUUUUCACAGUUCCUUAUGGGAAAGAUCACUCCUCAGGCCAUUCCUCCAGAACUUUCCUAACUCUUUAUACUGAACUUUGCUUCUGUUUUCCCCACCCAGCUCUGGCUAUGAGUAAGUGAGCACAAUUUAGCUUCUAGUGCCCAUGUCUGUAUUGUCCUCUUCAGUCAUUUGAAUCAGGAAGUCAAGAAUUAAUACAUGUACGGAACAGGAUUAAGGAUAGUAAUUCUUUCAGCUUCUUAGAGCACCAGAUUUUCCUCAUAGCCAGAAUAUGUGUAGUUGUGCAGCGGGGAAGUACGUGAACAGCACACAGGAAACCAUAUGCGCAGUACUUUGGGGCACUGUGGUAAUAAUAAUUUCCUGGCUCCAUGGGUAGGCCCACCAUUGGCUUAAGAAAGGAUAGAAAGGACACAUGUCGAAACCAACAGAGGGACUGCAGCCUGACUGCAAAGUGUCCAGACGGCCUAGCAGCUCACAAGAAUCAGUGUUAGAGGCAUGAGGAGUCAGGGCCACUCUCUUCUAGUUCCAUUCUUCUCUUCUGUCUUUUUGUUUUGUUUCGUUUCGUUUUUGUUUUUAUGAGAGAGGGUUUCUCUGCGUAGCCCCAGCAGCCCUGGAACUCGCUCUGUAGACCAAACUGGCAUGCCAAGUGUUGAAGUCCCUCUUUGUAUGUGGCUGUCUCCCCCAGUUCCAUGCACACUUCUCUUAAUACUUGAAUGGAAUGACUGUUGUAGUUGGGAUUGUUUCUUUUUAGACUUGUGUAUCCGUGUCAGGGCGACUUGGGAGCGCAGGCAGCCUGUGUGAUCAGUCCCCCUCAUUGGUUUGCAUGAGGCCGGCAGGGGUGCAUCGCAGCGGCCACCGUGCAAAAGCAUCGCGCUGCUGUUGAUGGAGUGCACUGCCAGCCCCACUUUAUAGGAAAGAAGUGAUUUUGAAACGUGUUUUAAAAUAUAAUAAUGUAGAAUGAACUCAUGUUAAAGUUUUACUUGUUUUGUCUGUUACGUGGAUAGAAGAGCAUCCCUUCCUCUGCUCGUCAAAUCCAGGGGGAGGGAGAGUAAGGGAAGCCAUUAUGAAGUGAUGAUCUGUGCUGCAGACUGGCUGAGUAAAUUCCAUUGAGUGCAAACUUGUCUUUUCUCUGUGGGGAGUCUAGCCUCGGGGUAAAAAGAAAUGUGUUUGUGGAAAACAUUUUUAAAAACCUUUUAUCUUCCACCAGGAACAUUUGAGAUUAGUGGAUCAUUUCAUUUCUAGACUGGUGGUGGUGGUGGAGAAUUCUGCUAUUUAAUGUCUGAGUGUAUUGUUUUCACAGUUGUUGAUUAAAGUUUUCUGUAUCAGG